UCAUUUUAUUUUGGACUGACUCUUGAAUCAAAGAUAUCCAUAUGUUCUGAAUGAAGUAUACGUCCUUCUGAGACACUGGAGCUAUUAGUGGAUACAUGUACAGAACUCAGCAUGUAAACUGAUAUAGUUGAAGGGUGGAGAAGAGAAUGUAACCAGUUUCAGUCACGCAAUCCUACUCAAUCUUCCCUUUCUACUGGACAGCUUGGGAAUUCCCAAAGCAUCAGCAGCAGAUUGGUAAAGUUGAUGUCUCUACCACUUGGGUUUCCACCCUCGCAUGCUGUACAAAUAGUUUCCUUGGCCACAGGAAAAACAGAUGCCCUAAGUCCAGAGCCUCCCAGCAUUUAGUUAAUGUGAUAGAGGUCAUCCGGGAAGACUGACCCGGAUCGCUCUGAUUCAUGACGGGGCUAUCACUUUCCAGUGCCAAAAAUUUCUCCUGCAGUUAGUUGCUUGGAAAGUCGCCAGAAGCACUCGGGCCACGCGGGUAAGACUCCUGAUGUAAGGGAGAGAGAGGAGAGUGUAAGAGAGAAGGGACCAGGUCGGGAGGAAGGCGUCCCAGUGAUGAACCCGAAGUUUGCUCCCUCAGAACAAGCCCCAAAGUAGAAACUGAAAGUAGACCGCUGGCCGGGCACACGGAAGUCACGAAAAAAGCAAGCGAAGCCCAGGCCCCGCUGGUGGCGUGCACCGCCCCCCGGGAUGGAUGAAGCGGCGGGCGCGUCGUGGGUGAGACGAGUCAGCUGUAGAGCCCAUCUGGCCCAGUGCACACUCCCGUGAACCUCGGCGGAGGAGGAGGCGGAGACGGAGGCAGGCAGCCACCAUGGGCCAUGAGACUCUGCUGCCGCCAACAUGACCGCAGCCGGCUCCUGCAGCGCACGCAGACCAUGUUCCAUGUUUUUUUUAGGUCUAUCUUUGGAAUUCCUUCAUUGAUCCUUGUUCUGUUGCCAGCAACUUCUUCUGAUUGUGAGAUUGAAGAUAAAAAUAAUACAAUAGAAAAUUAUAUGAAUGUCUUAUUUGUCAACAUUCAACAUUUGGAGAAAAUGACAGAUACUGCUAGCAAUUGCUCGAAUAAAGAAUAUAGUUCAUUAAAAAAUCAUACAUGUGAUGAUAAUAAGGAAGUUAUGUUUAUAGUUCAUGUGACAUGUAAAUUGAAGCAACUUGUGAAGGCUAAUAUCAGUGAGAACUUUAAUGGUUACUUAGAAGCGUAUUCACAUCAUGCAUUAGAGAUGCUGAAGGGAUGCAAAUGUGAUGAGGAGAAAGAAAAAAAAGUAGAAAGAAAGAUAGGAAGAAUCCAUUUUACUAGUGAAGUCUCUCCCACCAAGAGUACAGUGAAUGGAACAGAGAAAAAGACAGGAGGGCCCUGCUUCAAGAUCCUGGGAGAAAAAUCUUCCAAGGAAAGAAAAAAACAGAAUAAAUGUUUAUGCUUAAUACAAAAAAUGAUAUCCGAUGUUAGCAAUUGCUGGAGGAAAAUUUUGAACAUGAACGCCAAUGGGCACUGACACAACUGUGAUGGCAGAGAAGCCCCAUGAUUUGAACACCUUUCACUUGCAUUCACCAAGUGUUCAUCUGCUCACACUGAUCUAUCUCCAUGCCAGAAGCUGCUGUAUUUAUCCUGGCAAAGCUAUGGCACCAUGAGCAAGGGACCGUGAAUUCUACUCUACUCCACUGCAGACACCAGUAGACAGAGAAGCAAACCAAUGAAACAGAAAAUGAUAAUUCACAAUAAAAGCUACUUGAUAACGACCUGGACAUGCCUUUAUUCUGGAACAGAUUACACGUGCAUAACAACAAAAUACCUAAUCUCCUGUGUUCUCUGUUGCAGUAACUUGUAAGGAUUUUUGCUUUUUUACUGCUCAGCUGAAAACUUCAGACAAAGAACUAGUAUAAUAAUAUAUUUUGUGCAAUAUAAAAAAAGUACAGCAGAAUUCCCAAUUAACAUUUCAUUUCUUUCACUAAACAAUUCAGUGACCCUUUAGCUUCCAUUAUACUGUACUGAGUGGGGGAAAAGGUCAUCUUCAGGGCUACAAGACAUGCUUCACAUCUGACACUGGGAAACUAACAAAUACCCAAGAGAAGAGGAGGAUGCUCACUUUUCUUAAAAAGGGAGCAGUGAUGCAAACAAGACACAAACCAAAGAGCUCCAUGAAGCAGAAAUUGUCGACAGAGACAGAACAACUUGAAAAUAAAAUGUCAAUCUCCAUUCAAUUCAAUUGGAAAAGUAUUUGAAGAGGGCCUCUUCUAUUCAAAGAAUCAGGGAUGAAAAGACAGAAACCAAACAUAGUACUGGUCUUGUAGGAGCUUACAUUCCCCUGAGAGAUGCAAUGUGUCCAGAGAGGUAAAUGUAAGACAGUGUUAAGAGAGUGAAGAAUACAAGCUGUCAGAACAGUUUUCACUCUAGUGAAAAAUUAAUUUUGACCUUUAUGUACAUAGUAAAAUUUAUCUAAGUAACCUUGAUAUGAUGAGUAUUUUUUCAGAGAAUAAUAUAU